AUGGGACGAGAAGUGGAGAAUUUGAUAAAAGAGAACACAGAAUUGCUGGAGACGAAAAACGCCCUAAAUAUUGUCAAAAACGAUUUGAUCGCUCGCGUGGAUGAAUUAAGCAGUGAGCAGGAUAUAUUGCGUGAAGAAAUUCGAAGUUUGGAAAUGGUGAGAACGAAAAUGGGUGAACGGAUAAAGGAGCUGGAGACCGAAGUUCGCGACCUAAAAGACAAGCUGGAAUUGAGAGGCGAAGAUGACCAGGAAGAUGUGCCGAUGGCACAGAGAAAACGUUUCACGCGCGUGGAAAUGGCUCGUGUUUUGAUGGAACGCAAUCAGUACAAGGAGAAGUUGAUGGAACUGCAAGAGGCCGUGAAGUGGACAGAAAUGCAGCGUGCAAAGCGUAUGAGUGCUAUCAACGCUAAAAAGAGCAGUGGAAUCUGGGAAUUUUUCUCCGGAUUAUUUAUGCACGAACCACCACACAGCUCAAAUCGACGGCGUAGAAAUGCAGCUGGCGAACGCGAUGCGCUUCGACGUUCCAGCGCGAAGACAAUUGAUUUUAUCGAUACUGAUUACUCAUCAGAACGACGUGCAGCUGAACGUCGACAGCAAUAUAAGAUUGUGAAAGAGCAUAUGAAUCGUGAUGCCACCGAUCGUUUCCACGCCUAUGGUUGGUCCGUUCCUGCAGUUCCCGGUGAACGUAAUGAGUGUGCUGUUGUGCCAGUGCCAGUGUUUUGUCGACCGCUUAUUGAUCUCGAUCCGACACUCAAGAUUUGGUGCUCAUCCAGUGUGACACUGCGUGGUGGUAAAACGCCAGAUGGCAAAUACAUUAUUUGGUGCUCAUCCAGUGUGACACUGCGUGGUGGUAAAACCCCAGAUGGCAAAUACAUUGUUGAUGAUUUGGAUUUGCCGAAAAAUAACACGGCAUCUCCAAGAAGACCAGUAUUGUGGUGUUAA